GGCGGGACCUAGUGAAGACUCAGAACCAAUCAGCGGCGACGUCGCUUGUGCGACUCCACGUCAGCAGCAGCUGCGGGCAAGAUGGAGGCGCUGAUUUUGGAGCCCUCCCUGUACACUGUCAAGGCCAUCCUGAUUCUGGACAAUGAUGGAGACCGACUCUUUGCCAAGUACUAUGACGACACCUAUCCCAGUGUCAAGGAGCAAAAGGCCUUUGAGAAGAACAUUUUCAACAAGACCCAUCGGACGGAUAGUGAAAUUGCCCUACUGGAAGGGCUGACAGUGGUCUAUAAAAGUAGCAUCGAUCUCUAUUUCUAUGUGAUUGGCAGUUCCUAUGAAAAUGAGCUGAUGCUUAUGGCUGUUCUGAACUGCCUCUUCGACUCCUUGAGCCAGAUGCUGAGAAAAAACGUAGAAAAGCGAGCUUUGCUGGAGAACAUGGAGGGGCUCUUCUUGGCUGUGGAUGAAAUUGUAGAUGGAGGGGUGAUCCUAGAGAGUGACCCCCAGCAAGUGGUGCACCGGGUGGCUUUGAGGGGUGAAGACGUCCCCCUUACAGAGCAGACCGUGUCUCAGGUGCUGCAGUCAGCCAAAGAACAGAUCAAAUGGUCCCUCCUUCGGUGAAGGUGUUCUGAGCCCAGUUCCUUGCCCCUCAAAACCUACAUCUGCUGUGACUUCUUAUCCAGGCCCCCAAUUUAUGUCCUUAGGGUCAUCUUGGAGAAUCGAAAUGGAUUCUUGUGUCUCUAUACUUUCUGGGGUUCUUUCCCCUCCCUCUCAUAAGAGUAAAGUCCCCAGCAGAUUUGAGUGAGUCAGGGGAAGCACCCUCUUCCUACUUACACUGGUCUCUCCCCCACCCUCACCCCACCCCCUCAUUCUCUCCUUGGUUUCUUGGCUCUUUACUGUGGCUGUACUUCAGAUCAUCAAAGCAAGAGAAAGAAUGUGCUGAGUGUUUUCUUCCCUGUGCCUUAAGGGCCCUCAUCUCAGCAGCCCAUAUAUCCAGCAACGGGAGGACUCCUAAAUUCAGCACGAGUGGGUUUGGAGUGGCAGAGGUCAUACAUUCUUUGCCUCAGCUUCUCUCCUUCCUGGCUGCCCUAUCCUCUGCCUUAGAAGAAAUGGGAACAACUUAAUAGGGUGGGGACAGAGCUGCAGAGGAGCAGUGAUGUAAAGGCUCUUGGAGCUUAUGAAGUGCAGUCUCUACCUUGAUCUGACCUUCAGCCUCAAAGCUGCUGUAUCUGCACAUGGUACUGAGAACAUCUCUCUAGGUCUGUACCACGCCUCUGCCUGUAUCACCUGUGAGAUCUUUGCCUGGUGUGGUCUCUGUCACCCUGGAGCAAAGCCAGACCUUGGAACUAAAACUAUUUAGUCCCUAGAAAAGUUUCUGCUCAGAACUGAGGAUGGAAAGGGCCGUAAUGACAUUAGCCUUGCCGUGUUCCUUCUCAUUGACAAAUUCACAUUCCUCUGUCAUGGUUCUACAAUUUGUUGAGUUCCCCCUCUGCAUCAGUCUUCCCCGGAAAUGGAGGGUCUGGUGCAGUGCCUUUCCUCUGAGGCUUGGAUUCCUGUUCUUGGAUAUAAUGUUGCCCCUUGACCCCCACAUCCCUGUGAAAAUGACUUAAGAAAAAAAGGUUUCAGAGCAAGCGUUCUGCCCCAUGCAUUGGCUGAAGUGGGCAGAUUGGAGGCGGCCUCUGCAAGAAAUGGAGCCAGGCGAAGUCCACCUUGUACGCUGCUGUGCGGCAAAGGAAUAAAGUGAAUCUCUUCCAAA